UCACCGGAAAUGACGUGUCAAUGUUUUGAAUGUUGCGGGCUAACACGCAUCACGGAUAGAAAGCCUGUAACCACUGCUCUGACCGUCCUCCCCCCUAAUAUAUCUGGGGAAAACUUUGAGCUUCAUGUCUCUAUAAUCUGUGUCACAUAUUCCCUCUACUGCACAGUAGGAGAAAGCAAUGGACCUCCACAAAAUCAUCCACAGUGCGCUGCACGAAUUUAUUCAGAACUACAUUCCUGAUGCAGAUCUCAGCACACUGGAUGAUGUUCUUCUGUCUUACAUUACUGGCGUCCUGGAGGAUCUUGGCUCCCAGCAGAGUAUCGAGGAGAACUUUGACUUGGAAGUCUUUGCAGAGAUGCUAGAAGCUUACAUACCUGGUUUUGCUGAAAUUGAGAGUGUCAAAGUCUGUGAAAUGAUGUUCAGCCUGGCUUCAAAACUAGCCAAUGCUCGGACCUCAGCUGACGAAGAAAAGUUUGUGCCUAAGGCCAGGACAGAUGAGAUUUCGUUGAAACUCACCACCCUGCUCAGUGAACCUCCCCCAGAAAAAGAAACACAGUGCCUUAAAACACAGACAGAGGGCGCCACCGCCAAGCUACCAGUGUCUGAGUGGGAGGCCCAGGAGCAGCACCUGCUGGAGAUGUUUCCCAAGUGUAGUCUGUCCGAGGCUCGCAGUGCCCUGUCUAUUGCCAAAGGAGACAUGGAGGAAGCUGUGCGCCUUAUCAUAGAGGGUGAUGUCCAACUCAGCCCAACUCCUCUAAAUGUAAACCAUGGGAAGAGUAUUUCCUCACUGGCAGAUCAGAAACUUAAAGAGAGCAUCCUUGAGAAGUACAUGCUGGUGGACAAUGAGGACGAUAACAAAACACACCGGCCUGUUCCCCCAAAAGAUGCUCCAAAGAAACUCGUUCGGUACCACGGCAACCAGGUGGUAACCACAAAAGGAGAACGGUAUCAACUUGUGAAGAAAGACGAGGCAGAUGACAUGAAGAAGACUUAUGUCAACCUCAAGCCUGCACGAAAGUACAGAUUCCAUUGAUGACGAGCACAAUACUGUGAGAGCAGCUACUGACAAUAUUGUUUACAUUAUUUUUUAUUUAUUAAGUUCAUUUAGCCUGAAUUUGUUAGAUUUUUUCCAAGUAAAGGAAGAUACUCGUUAUUGUGUCAGUGGCUUAUUUUAAAUAUUGUUACCAUUAUAUGCCUCGGUUAAAACAUUCAUUUACAGUAUUUCAGUUGCAUCACUUCCUUCAGGAGCUUUGGAAAAUUAUGUGUGAUAUUUUGGUGAGGAUGUUGUAACUUGUAUUCUGUGUAACAGCCUAACCUAUCUACUUUUUGCCAUCUCAGCAGGUCUGAUGUUGCACUAACAUUAUUGUCUUUUUGAACCUCUUAAUCUUUUUAUUUGUAUUUUCUUUAACUUAGUAAAAUACAGAUUCAUAAUUGUGACAGGAAGUUGUAGAGAUGAAUCACUUGUCAUUUCUGUAAUUGAAUCCUAGUGGUGCUGUAGAGUUUCUUCUGGACAUUACAAGUCUCAACUGCUUUUUUAUGUACAUAUAACAUCAUGGAUGCCAAUUUCAUUUAAAGUUCUAUUUUUACAUUGGGAAGGAAUACUGUGCUUUGAAAAUUUUAGGCAAAGCCUUCUGUUUUGGACAGUUUGUUGUGCGGCAAAAAGGAUUUCAAAUGAAACUCUGUUAACAUGAACAUUACAGCAGGUAGCAACAGCAGUAUGUGGCCUCCGAGGUUGGAUGCCUGUGGUGUGCUACAUAUGUCCGCGUUAUACUACUUAGGAUACACCCACAGCAUUGUUUACUUACAAAGACUAGAGUGUGUAAAAUACAGAAUUUUAACUUAAGAAUCUGGCCUGCAUAACACAGUUUAACUGGAUAACUUUGCUGGACAGAUCUUUUUUGUUGUGUUGUGUUGUUUUGUUUUGUUUUUUCUCAACCUGUGUUCCAGAUUUGAGCAAAUAACCCAAAUAACUUUAAAUAAUGACGGAGGCUCUAUGCUUUCAAGGUAGUUGAGUUCUACUUUGAAUUGUCCUUUAUAACAAGUUAAUAUUGAAGUCCACAAGAGGAAGGCCAUAGUCCUGAUUAGUCUUAAUUAGCCUGUCACACCCUUUUUAGGGCCAAUAAAGAUAGGAUAUGUGAUACAAAUGCUAAGUUUAUACACUAUGUCCAAUCAUUUAUCAGAUGAAAAACACAUGAUUUAAACUAAGUGAAACAUGAUGACCUUAGCGUAAAGCCAACCAUAAGUGAGAUUUGAUAACCUGUUGCUAUGACAUGACCCAGGAGACAUGUGGGUCAUGAGCAGCCAAAGAGGAAAUGUUAAAUAUUUGUCUACUAAUGAAGCUCUGAUAAAACAAGGAGUGCACAGAUUCCCAAAACCUAAAUAUCAUUUUUAUUACCCAACUGUAAUAGAAAUCUCUAUAGCUCUCCAUAAAUUCUUUGGUAAUUAAUUUUAUAGCACAGCAAAUACAAUUCUCAAGGGGGGCCCAAACUAUUACAGCACUAUAAUGUUUGGCACACUGAAGUGGAAGACUGUGGUUGCCCCCUAAAUGUUGAGUGAAACAUGCUGCUGGAGGACUUAAUUUAAAAGGUCAUUCCAGCAGCAUUAUCUUUAUUUUUGAUAUAGAUGUUUAGAUUUGCAAAGUCUCAUUUGUGUUCUGUGAGUUUCGCUUCGCUUGUGAUGGUGGAUUUUUAUUACGACUGGAUUCUUAUUUGAAUCUCGUUAGUUAUUUAAUAUUAGAAUAAAUGGGUUGGUCAGGUUUUUUUUUUUUACUGGUAUAAACUGUUGUUUAUUACGCUGUUUAUUUGUGUUCCCCUCUGCAUCCAUUUGGAGCAGCUAUAAGCAAUUGUUUUUGAUUGGUGGCAUAAUAUAGUUUUCCUGAGUGUAAACACAAUCAAGUGUUGAGAAGAUGUUUUGAUACUGAUACUCGUCAUUAUCAGCAGCAAUGUUCUCUUUAAUUACUAUAUGAUGGUGUUAGGUAGAGAAUCUGUUUAGUCACAACUGAGUUUUAAACCUGCGCUUUGAGAAACUGCUGACGCACAAUUUAUAGUAAAUAAAUACUAAUUUUUCUAGAUCA